GUUUUACUGUCUGCGUGGGUCACAGGACAGAGGGAGGACCGAGGUAGAUUCAGUCCAGGCAGCCAAGGAGGGACAAUGCGUUCUCUCUGGCUGUUCACGGCCCUGCCAGGUCUGCUGUGGGCCUCACAAAGCACCCUGUUUGUGGAGGGGGACAAUGACGCCUCCAGGAUCUGCAAACCUGCCCCCCACUGGGACAUCAAGGGACAGGCACCCAUGCAGGAGCUGCUGGGAAACGUGGUGGUGGUGGCGCUGCUGAAGGCCAGCUGACAGUUCUGCCUCACUCAGGCAUCCAAGAUCGGAGGCCUGCGUGACAAGCUGAACCGCAGCAACCUGACGGAGGUGUCCUUCAUGAUAGUGAACGAGCGGGAGGCCAUUUCCAGAGCCAUGUACUGGGAGCUGAAGAGGAGAGCGCCCCCUGGAGUCCCUGUUUAUCAGCAGACUCCUCUGCAAAAUGACGUGUGGGAGGCUCUGGACGGGGAUAAAGAUGACUUCCUGGUCUAUGAUAGGUGUGGUCUCCUCACCUUCCACAUCGUGCUGCCUUACAGCUUCCUGCAUUACCCCUACGUCGAGGCAGCAAUCAGAGCCACUUACAUGAAAAAUAUCUGCAAUUGCACGUCUAAUUCUACUUCCUGGAACAACGUCACAAAAAACAGCACAACUCAACUCAAUGUCAACCUGACAACCACGGCGCCCACCGAUGAUCCAGAUGUGGCAGCUCCGACGGGGGCUCAUCGCCACGACAACCAUCAUCACCAUCAUCAUCACCACCGCCACCAGCAGCACCAACAUCUGGAUCAGCCCCAACACCAGCAUGAUGCAAAUCAGAAUAAAACUCUUCAUCAUCAUCAUCAGCAUCACCACUCCCAUCCUCAGCAUCAUCAUCCUCUUCCCCAUCAUCAUCAUCCUCAUCCUCACCAGCCUGUCAACCACACUGAUAAUAGUGGGACGGAUAACUAAUAUGCCAGUGAAAUUUCUAGUGCUUUUAUUUUGCUUCUUUAUUUAGUUGAGAUCAAAUCACUCAUUUUUUGAUGUUUGACAAAGUGUCUUGGAUUUAGAAUAUGCAGUUUACAGAGCGGCUGGAUCUCUCCGAAGCGGUGAUCAGACUGUGGUUUCUCUGCUGCCGUUUCCACACUUCAUGCGUCUCCGUGUGGAUAAAGUAACCGGGUCUGCCUGUCGUCUCCCAUUAAUGAAGUCUACAGUGUAAAACCUGCCAGCAGGAGGCUGUAGAUGGAUGUGUGCGGAGAGAUGGGAUGACUCUGGAGUUAUUUUCAUCCAGACGGAGACGCAAGACGGUGUCCAUCGCUGCAGAGCAAACCUCAGUCAGGUUACUGUUUAGAGUAGAUCCAACUCUCCUGCUUGGAUUCACUUUAUUUCAUGGAUGCAAAAAAACAGUUUUUACACCAUUAACACACACUUUUAAUUACUUUUGCAUGUUUUCUGUGUUACUCACUUUCCUUCUCAUGAAUUCUCUGAAUGUAGAAUAAACUUCUAGACUGUUGUUUUGGUUUUAAAAGCAGAAACAUGUAAAAUUGUAUUACAUUUCACCUCUAAAAACAAUAAAGCUGAUAU